CCAAUUCGAAAAUUACUUUAAAAUAAUCAAGAAAGCUGUAUUAAAAUAUUUAAAGUAAUUAAUAAAUGCAUCUACUAUUACUUAGUGUGUCAGUUUAGAAGUGACCGGCAAGAUGCUUGAAGUGGGUGAUUUUAAGAAAAUGAUUAAAAUUGGUGAAGGUACUUAUGGUAUCGUUUACAAGGCAAGGGAUACUAAAACGGGCAAGGAUGUGGCGCUUAAAAAGAUACGUUUAGAUAGUGAAACAGAGGGCGUCCCCUCAACGGCCAUACGGGAGAUAUCACUGCUUAAGGAUUUGACGCACAAGAAUAUUGUACAACUGUUCGAUAUUGUGGUAGCAGAUUCCAGUUUGUAUAUGGUUUUUGAGUAUUUAAAUAUGGAUAUGAAGAAAUUGAUGGACAAGAAGAAGGAAAUUUUUACGCCAAAACUGGUGAAGAGCUACAUGCAUCAACUUCUCGACGCGCUUUGUUUCUGUCACACGAACCGAAUUCUACAUCGAGAUCUAAAACCACAAAAUCUAUUGGUCGAUAGUGUGGGCAAUAUUAAGUUAGCAGAUUUUGGUCUGGCACGCGCCUUCAAUGUGCCGAUGCGUGCUUAUACGCAUGAGGUCGUCACGUUAUGGUAUCGUGCGCCGGAAAUACUUCUAAGUACGAAAUACUAUGCGACAGGCAUGGAUAUCUGGAGUUUAGGUUGCAUUUUUGCGGAAAUGAUAAUGAAACGUGCACUUUUUCCCGGCGAUAGUGAAAUCGAUCAAUUAUAUCGCAUAUUUCGCACGCUCGGUACACCUGAUGAAAAUAAAUGGCCAGGAAUCAGUCAAUUACCCGAAUACAAAGCUAAUUUCCCUGUGUGGGUUAAAACGAAUAUACCUGAAGCUAUUGAGAGUAACGAAGCUUAUGAUCUCUUUAUGAAAAUGCUAGUUUAUGAUCCAAAUGGACGCAUAUCUGCCAAAAAUGCAAUGAUUCAUCCCUAUUUCGAUGAUGUGGAACAUUUGGAUUCUGUGGAGCUGCCAUUAGAUAAACCUUAGCUGUUGAGUUUAGUGUUUUUUUAUUCAUUUCAGUUUUAGCAAAUUUACUAUUUCAUUUUCUUAGUUACGCCAAUUGUUUUAAUGUUGAUUAAGGUUAAGUAAAGUGACUGCCGUUUUAUAUAUAAUAUGUC